CGACAAGAGUGUACUGUCAGUGAAGAAGGAAAAAUGGCUGCAAGGUUACUGCUCCGCUCGACUUUCAGAGCCGCUACAGCCUGCCGGGUUGCCCGGGCUGCCCCGGCCCCCGCUCUGACCCGCAGUAUGGCGACUGGAGGGAUUCCCACUGAUGAGGAGCAGGCCACUGGACUGGAGAGGAUCAUCAUGGAGAACAUGAAGGAGGGAAAGGAUCCCUACAACAUGAUGAAGCCAAAGGCCUACAGCGGCACCAAGGAUGACCCCAACAUCGUUCCCUCCAUCACAAACAAGAGGAUUGUGGGAUGUGUCUGUGAAGAAGACAACACAGCUGUGGUCUGGUUCUGGAUCCAUGAGGGCGAGGCCCAGCGCUGCCCAUCCUGCGGCUCCUACUACAAACUGGUCCACUACGACCUCCCCCACUAACUUAUACCAGAGCUCUGUUAUUAUAGGCGUGUUUAUCACAGCUGUAUCUGCGCAGCGUCGUUAACUUCUCUGUGAAAUAUUCCUUCAGAACGAGGCGAAGAAGAAUCAGACGGAGACGAUUCCCUACUUCAAUCUCCAGGAACAUUCGUGGCUCUGUCUACUUCCUGGUCUUAGCGUACGUGUCCUGUUCUGAUUGGUCUUCAGCUCGUUCUGUCUCAGUACUUGAUCCACUUUCUAACCUCAUCAGUCUUUGCUUUACAUGUGACCUUUACACAGGGAUCAGAUGUGGUUUGGGACACAACAGUUUCUUUGCAAACAUUUCCAUUCAGCUGCAGUUUACAUUAACAUAUGUACUGUACAACGUUACACUCGGUCCACUUACUCCUUUUAUUGAACCAAUAAAGUCUUGAACUUAAAUUAA